AUGGAUGCUUGCUUUGGUCUAACUCGCAAAAAGUUGGCAAGGAAUAGUUUUGCCGUCCCAAACCAUGGCUGCCUUAAGUUUGCUGAUCAGGAUGAAGUAGAUGAUUUUGUUGAUCAAUAUAGCAAGUCUAAUAACAAAAGUUGUCAGAUAUUUAAGGCAGGAGAAGUUACAGAAGCACUUCACUCCAAAGAAAAAAAUCAACUUUUUGAUGAAAAAGGAGUGUUUGGUAGUUGUUGCAGUCGGCAUUCACACCUUGGACGAUUUUUCAGCACUAAAUAUGGGGAAAGGCAAACAAGAGGCAUGACAUUUUGUCAAAAGUGUCAAUUUCGGUGCCGAUAUUUCAUUGUUAUGGACACAAGGCUUCAUGCCAGAUGGUCAGAAAAUUGCCACUCGCUUGUCCAGGCAAAUCGCCAAGAUCACGAACAAGAUGAAAUUAACAAUUGAGAAACACAAUGCUGCCAUUGAUUCUCUUCGUGAUGUUAUAAACAGUUUACCCGAUCGUCUGACAUUUGACAAAGCGAAAGAUCCUACAUCAGACCUUUAUGAGGGAUUUGAGUCUGGUGAGGAUGACAUUCUAGGGGAAGCCUCGGUCCCAGUAUACACAAAGAGGAAGGCUAUUGAAAUGUACUUAAUCCUAAAACGAUGUAACGAGGAAGAGAAACUUUUAAACUUGGAGAUGGGGUUAGGAGAUGGGUUUCAUACUGAAGAUGAAAACAUCGAAGAGCUCUCAGAAGUGGACAGUGACAUUGAAUAGACGACAUAGCUACUAUUCUUAAACUAAUAGCUACUUUUUAUGUACUUAUUAUGUAAUUUAGUUGUUCACGUAUCUAGUAUAACUGAUAUCACGCAAA